CAUCACUGUAAGUCAAGUGGCAUCCUGGCUGGCAUUCACCGUCGUGGCAUUGGCAUGGUUCAAACUUCGACGCAAAUAUCCCGAUGCUGGCCGAUCAAUCAAGGUUCCUCCAAUUUUUGCAGCAGUGUUUGUAGUUGGAUCAGCUAUCAUUGUCGUUUUCCCCGUCAUUGCUUCUCCAGUGGAUUCAGCGAUAGGUAUAGGAAUAUUACUUACUGGAGUUCCUAUCUACGU